UGUAAUCAAUUCUGUAGAAGCUUAACCAUCUGUUAAAGGUUAAAUCCUCAAAGAGUAUAAUGUCAGGGUAUGGCGAAUUUGUCCUUUGAUGCAUUGGGCUCUCUAAUCUAGCCUAAUGUUGAGACUGAAGUAAACAUGUAGAAGGGGAGGAAUUCCCACAGUCCCCAAGCAAAAUGAAUGUUGUCUUCAGUCUGGGUAAAAGUUAUAUCCUUAGGGUUUCUCAUAGAUCCUUAUGAUGUUUGAAUUCCCCUGAAACCUUCACCAAACCACAAUUUCUAUGUACUUGUAAAGAAUAAGCCAUUGCAAUUGAAGGAUUAUUGCUGCUACUAUGGUUCAUAUGCAUGGCCUUGAAGCAUAAAUCCUCAUGGAUCUUAUAGUUUUUAAAUGAGACCUCCUUGAAACCAACUUCAAAUCACAAAUUGCAUUUCUCUACAUUGAAUCUAACAUGACUAUUAUGCAUCUGAUAAUUGGUAGUGCUGCUGUAGCUCCCAAACCUGGCUCUGAGUGUUCAAGAGUUUACUUAAUAUUUACUUGAAGCCAUCAUUAAAACAUUCAUCUACACAAAUGAACCACUACAGUGAUGUAUCUUGUUAUUUCUGACUAUUAUCAUAGUGCAAAAGUUCCAAGGCAUGAGAAAGAGGGAGUUUUGUGUGUUCAGACAUGGCUGACUUUUCAAACAAAACAUCCACAAGACUUUGUGCAGUAUAGAUACUAAAAGCAGAGGAAACAAAAUUGAUUCUUUGAGGGACCAGUUCCAAUGAUAAUGCUUUGUGAAUUAAAACAACAUCCCUCAGUAAGGGUCUGAAACUUAUCCUUCAAAUAGGUCUGGAGCCAUUCCAUUAUACAACUCAUAUCCUAAUACAGAGAAAUGGUUUGCAGAGGAUAUGGUGUUGGAAGAUAGAAUAGACAUUGGGAGAUUAAGGAAAAUCAUGGUUGAAUCAUUAUGGAAACAGGUUCCAACUAUGAUUUGAUUGCACUUUCUUGAAUCCCUGUAGUCAUUAUAACUAUAAUUGUUUUUUUUUUCAGAUGGGCCCCAAUAAAAUCAUGAGAAUCCAUGAACAUAGAGGCCCCUGGUCUUUCUAUUUAUUUAAUUUGUUUGUUGCCUGACUUCCAAAGACUAGGCAACUUCAAAGUAAAAAUACUGAGGAAGAAAACUUACAUAAUUGUGAUGGGGAUCCUCAUCCUAACCAAAGUCCUGGAAGAAAAGCCAAUUAUUCAAGCUCCUUCAAAACACCAGCAGAGGGGUCAUCUGGCUCUUCAGGGAACCUCAUUCCAGAAGAUAGGUGCUGCUACAGAGAAGACAUGCUUCCAAGGACCCAACAAUAGCAUUGUUUAAACAAAGAAACCUAUCGGUAGAGUGCACCAAUCCUUCUAGAUUGAAUCAGUUAUGCAGAUACUAUGAGAAAGGUUAAUGUUUUAUGGUAUGAAUAGUGCCACAAAUAAUUGGAUAUAUAAUUAUGAUGAUUCAAUCUGUGCAUAUCUAUUCUUUGUCAGUAAUUUCAGCAAGGUCAGAGAUAAAAACCACGAGGAAUUUUGAUAAUCCACAUUUAGAUUCUUACUUUUCCUUUAUUAUGGCUCCAGUGAAUAUAAUAGUAUUCUACAUGAAAGAUUAGCAAUUUUUCAGGUGGACCCCAUGUAAGAAUCAUAAACAACUAUGUGGGGAUCCAAGCUGGUUUCUCCUUGUCAGCAUCAAGAAAUACAUCCACUGCCUAUUUUUUCCACUGGAAAGUUGGGUCUUUGUGGUAUAAGAAUAAAAACAGUCUCCCUAUGACUAUAUUCACAGGACAUGCUUAAUCAGAUCACGUAAAGGUUAAGCAGAUGCAUUCACACAUUACUUUGAUCUUUGGAUCUUGCUGCUUUGCACGAACACUUGUGAAUCCAACAGGCUUAAUUUGAUUCCUGAAUGCGUACAAUACAAUCUUUCACCCUCAUUCUCACUCUCCUUACCAAAACUGGGUUAAGCCUGUUGCACGAAGAUGUCGUUCUCUCCCUCCCCAUCCCACCACCCCAGUCUUGCUCUCCUUACUUCUUCGCCAUAUCUUCCUCUGCCUACCGAGGGGUUAAUCAUUCUGCCACUCGUCGUCGCAGCCGUUGGGGCUCUGGCUCGACGACGCUGUCCACCAAUGCGGUGCUGAAAUAGUAAGCGGGUCCUCCUUUGCUGGCUCGCUCUGCCAACCGAAAGUAGUUGGAAGUCUAAGUCAAUCGAUGAUGAAGACGCGCAAGGGAAGGAGCGGAGGCUGCAGCUGAGGCGGAGCCAGAGCCAGUGCUCUGUCGCGUCCCUUCUGAGCCCGCCGAUGUCUCUUCUCGAUCGAGGCAGCGGGACUUCCCGCUGGGACUGGGAAUAUUGUACGGGGAAACACGAGCUCUCCCAGAGCUUGUCGAGCUGCGCUCCGAGUUGGAGAAGACUCGAGGUGUUGCUCCUGCUAAGUUCUUGCUUGGCUUUGGCUCCGGCUCCGGCUCCGGCUCCAGCAGCUGGCCAACUACGCUACUCGGUACCCGAAGAACUGGACCACGGAGCCUUUGUGGCCAACAUCGCGGAAGACCUAGGUCUGGAUGUAUCCGAAUUAUCAGCCAGGCGGUUUCGUAUCGCGUCCCGGGCGGGGAGUAAGCAGCACCUGGAGGUGAAUCUGGAAAAUGGGAUCCUCUUUGUUAACGAGAAAAUAGAUCGGGAAGAGGUGUGCGAGGGCAGCAAGGCCUGCCUCCUGCACCUGCAGCUGGUCAUCGAGAGCCCUCUUGAGCUCUAUCGCAUCGAAGUGGAGGUGCUAGACAUCAACGACAAUGCACCCCGGUUCCCUUGGCAAGAAUAUGUGCUGGAAGUGACAGAAUCAGCACUACCUGGGGCCCGCUUUCCCCUGGAGAGUGCACAGGAUCCCGACGUGGGCACAAACUCCCUGCGUACUUACAGACUCAGCCCUAAUGGUUAUUUCUCGCUGGAGGUGCAGACUCGCAGUGACGGCAGCAAGUUUGCAGAGCUGGUGCUGGAGAGGAGUCUGGACCGAGAGCAACAGCGUAGCCACCGGGUCCUGCUCACGGCUUUGGAUGGUGGUAUCCCCGAGCGCUCGGGCACAGCUAGAGUUGUGAUCAUGGUGUUGGAUGCCAACGACAAUGUGCCAGUCUUUGAUCAGUCCACUUACAGUGUAAGCCUGCCGGAGGAUGCACCCAAGGGGACUCUGGCUAUCAAGCUCAACGCUACUGACUUGGAUGAGGGAACCAAUGGCGAAAUUGAGUAUUCAUUCAGUGGGCACGCUCCACUAGGUGUGCGUGAGCUUUUCAGCGUGGAGACCCACACUGGGCAGGUGCGCCUGAAGGGCAAAUUGGACUAUGAGCGAGCUGACCUCCAUGAACUAUAUGUGCAGGCCAAGGACCGGGGCCCCUCAGCAGUUGCUAUUCACUGCCGGGUGUUGGUGCACCUCCUGGACGUCAAUGAUAACGCACCGGAGGUGACCCUCACCUCCGUCUCCACACCAGUUUUGGAGGACGCACCUCCCGGUACUGUCAUAGCUGUAAUCAGCGUGCUGGAUAGAGAUUCCGGAGACAACGGCAAGGUGAGCUGCGAAAUCCCGACUGAUAUACCCUUUCAGCUUCAGUCGUCUUUCCACAACUAUUAUGCACUAGUAACUACUGCACCACUCGACCGUGAGAUUGUGCCCGAAUAUAAUGUCAGCAUCACCGCCCACGAUCUGGGGUCUCCAGCGCUGGCUACCAAGAAGAUCCUGAGAGUCCAGGUGUCCGAUAUCAACGACAACGCGCCCCGCUUCCUGCAACCCUCUUACAGCGUCUACGUGACCGAGAACAACGCUCCUGGGGCGUCGAUCUGCUCCGUCAGUGCGCUGGACCCGGACUGCCAGCAGAACGCUUACUUGUCCUACUCCAUCGCGGACGGCCAGAUCCAGGGCAUGCCCGUGGCCACCUACGUCUCCAUCAACUCGGACAGCGGUCACAUGUAUGCUCUGCGCUCCCUGGACUACGAGCAGAUUCGCAACUUCCAGAUCCAAGUCGUGGCUCAGGACGCCGGCUUCCCGCCUCUUAGCGGGAACGCCACGGUCCACGUCUUCGUGUUGGAUCAAAACGACAACGCCCCCUUGGUCGUGGCUCCCAUGCCCCGCAAUGGUUCCGUGGCUGUGGAGGUGGUGCCUCGCUCAGCGGAGCCCGGCUACUUGGUGGGUAAAGUCUCUGCAGUGGACGCCGAUGCAGGACAGAACUCGCGGCUUUCCUACCGGAUGGUCCAGGCCACCGACGCCAGCCUCUUCAGCGUGGCCCUCUACACGGGCGAAAUCCGCACCGUCCGCGCCUUCCUGGCCAAAGACGCCCCAAAGCAUCGUCUUCUCGUCCAGGUGCGGGACAACGGACAGCCCCCGCUCUCGGCCUCUGUGGCCCUGGUGCUCUCGGUGGUGGACAGCGUGCCAGAGGUGCUCUCGGACUUCCGCGAGCUUCCUCCGGGAGGCGAGACGGCUUCGUCCAGGCUUACUCUCUAUCUGAUCGCCUCCCUGGGCUCCGUCUCCUUCACCUUCCUGGUGGCCAUCGUUAUCCUCACGGUGGUCAAGUGCCCCAAAGAGCGGCUGACCUUCCCCGACUAUGCCUGCUCGCAGCUGUCUUGUGGCGGGGAGGCCUUCUGCUGCUGCGGCGGCGGCGGUUGCGGCUCCUGCGAGCGCUCGGCCCCCGCCUCGGACCGCUUCAAGAAGCCCGGCAGCGUCAAGGCCCCGGUCUCCUCGGGCGACUGCGGGGACGUCGGUGCCAGCGCAGGCCCUCCGGCCUAUUGCUAUAAGGUCUGCCUGAGCCCCGAAUCGGCCAAGAGCGACUUCAUGUUCCUGAAAGCUUGCAGUCCCGCCCCUCUGAGGAACAACGAAGCGGGCCCUCAGAACUUGCCGCCGGGUCCCGGCCCGAAAACCCGAGGGGCCAAUAACUCUCAGCAGCCCGCCGACCAGCAUACAGAGAUUUCACCCAGGACUCCACAAUUUCCGCCUCUUCCCUGCCUGCCUUGUUCACUCAAGAAUCGGUCGUUUAACAUUUGAAAUAGAGCAGAAGAAACACUAGCAUCCAUCUCAUCUCAUGUUUAUUUUUAUUUUUUUCCCUCCGUCCCAUUUCCCUUCAGAACCCUUCCCAAGCUUUAUUGCAUGCUUCCUGUGGGCCUCUGGAGAGCGCUCCUUGUUUCCAUGGCGCACACUUUUCCUGCCUGCCUGCCUGCCUCCUGUCAGAUACCUGGAAACCAGAGCAAGAGCAGCCAGCCGGCUAGGGAGCCGAUCCCCGGCGGCCACCACCCCCUCGGCCGAAAGAAGGCGAGAACUAGCUGCCUCCACAAGAGAAAGGCACCCCUUUAACCCCCUUUCAGGCGACGAAAGUGGCCCUUGCAAGAACCGCUCCCCCGCCGCCCCCCAAAUCCCUGUCGAGGAAGAGCUUUAGCGCCUCUUGGCACAGGCCUCUCCCUCGACAAGCUGGCUCUCUGUCGGGCGCCGAGCGAACGAGCGAGUUCCGCCCCCACCUUCCCGCUCCCUGCGAUAACGAGGCCAAUUAAGGCGAAAGCGUAAAACUAGGGCAAUGAUUUCGGGCUUUGAAACGCAGUCAAAGCAAGCGAUGCCUCUUUCGGCGAGCCUGAGUGAUGCCACUACGUUUCAACCAUCUCCGUGAAACACGAGGGCGCCUCUUUGCAAAGAGCGCCCCCUUUCUCCCAUCAGGAUGUUAUUCCCCCUCAAAUUAAAGAGGGCUGGACGAUUCUUUGAACCCCGUAUUCUUGCAUAGGGAUCAGGCAUCUGUCAAAGCAGCUGUUCGAUUUACUCCAUUUUUUUUUUGUCUUCUAACAACUGCAGUUCACAAACGUUUUUGCUACAAUAAAUAUGUUAGCCUUUGAAAGUAUCAGAAGCAGCUUUUCCUGGGCUGCUUUCUUCAUGCCUGUUCAGCGUCUGAAGAGAACUGGAUAUAGUACAUACAGUAUGUGAAUGAAUCACGUCACAAGUUCAGUAAGAUAUCAGUAUCAGCUUAGAUAUUGGCACUUUUCAGAGAAAAUAGCUCACGCCUUCUGAUAAAAGAGCUAAUGUGCAGAUUCAGGAAGUCUAAAAGUAACAAUGAUACCUCUUUGGAAAGCUUUCCAAUUACAGUAUUGUACUUCACAUUUUUUCAUUACUGAAAGAAAUGUAAUAGAUUAGAAAGAAGAGAAAAAAACAGAAUGCAGGAAGAUGCAUUCUGCAGAUGCAGUAUAUGCA